UUGACUAGGCAGAAGGACAACAACUGUUGCAAAUCUGGUUUCUUACUAUGCACAGUGCUGGGGAACGAGAUUUACUCCACAACCAAAAGUGAGCGCGUCAGCGCCUUUCUGACUGCCCAGGUUGUCAAGUUCAAGAAGUCCAUGUUCCACUUCCUCGUGAGCUACGACAAGGGCAUCUUUGGCUUCGGGCGCAGACGCUUCUGGAGGCUGACGCUCAACGAGGAAUCGCUGCACCUUAGGGUGGCGGUCAACGCGAGCAAUCGCAUCCGUGGUUAUGCGGGGCUCCAGGAGGACACCAAGGGCGUUCCGGUGUUACGCUGGCUCAUUGCAAACGAUGGUGAAACAGCGAAGCAACUGCUGUUCAACAUUCUUGCAGACUCUCAUGCAUUCAGAGAACACGGAGUGUGGCUCGCACUCUAUGUGCGCAGUCACAUUGCAAGCGAACUGCUGAAGCAUUUGGAUACGAGCAGACUGCAGCCAUGGAUGCUGGUCUUCAAUCGGAAAGAGCCUUUCCUGCAUUACAGGAACAUUGUCGUGUUCACCUACAUUUGAUAAUGGAGCAGUUGUUCCAGUUUUGUUCUUUCC